AUGACUUGUAUUGAAUGCGUUGCUAAUAUGCUUCUGCGGUGGGGGUUUUGCAGCCUGGAUUUCAGGGAAGGGAGUAGCCUAAACAAGAUGACAGCUGUCUCCCCAGAUCCUCACACUCUGGUCUCAAGUGAACAGAACAAAGUCCUUAGGAUGGAGACUCCCGGGAAUCCAGAAGCUCUCAUGAAAAGAGACACUGCUGACCCAGAGUCUUUCAGACAGAGGUUCAGGUGGUUUUGUUACUCUGAAGAGGCUGGACCCAGAAAAACUCUGAAUCAGCUAUGGGAGCUUUGCGUUCAGUGGCUGAGACCAGACAUCCACACGAAAGAACAGAUUCUAGAGCUUUUGGUGUUUGAGCAGUUCCUGACCAUCUUGCCUGGGGAGAUCAGGAUUUGGGUCAAAUCACAACAUCCUGAGAGUAGUGAGGAAGUGGUGACCCUAGUAGAGGAUUUGACCCAAGUGCUUGAAGAAAAGGAAGAACCAGUCUCUCAAGAUUCUGUUAUUUCCCAAGAGGAGAACCCUGAAGAAGAUAAAACUGUUUCUAUUCUUCCAAAUACUGAGUCCCAGGAAUCCAUGACACUCAAAGAUGUGGCUGUCACCUUUUCCAGAGGAGAGUGGAGGAAACUGGAACCUUCUCAGAAGGAGAUAUAUAAGGAAGUGCUGCUGGAGAACUAUAGGAACCUAGAAUUUCUGGGCUUUCCAGUUUCCAAGUUAGAUUUGGUUUCCCAGCUGAAGUGGGCUGGACUACCACGGCUGCUGCAAAAAGAAGUCUCCAAAGAUGUUCUUAUGGAAGAAUCGACUUUGGAUAAAAUAAUAGAAAGGUAUCUAAUGAGUAGCGAUUGUGACUCUGUGGGAGAAUCCUGGAAACAUUAUGGCAGAUUCGAGGAUGGUUGUAGCAAUAGGGAACAUUCACAAGGACAAAUCACACAGAAGAAAACUCAUGGGAGAGGCAGUAAGGGUGAAGAAUUUGACCCAGAAAGGAGUCCCUUUGGAAGUAGCUUCAAACCACCUUCCGAUCUAAUUAAACAUCUGAGAGUCUACUUAAGGAAGAAAUCUCGGAGGUACAAUGAAGGCAAGAAACCCUUCAGUUUUCAUUCAGACCUUGUUCCAAACCGCAAAGAACACAGUGGUGAAAAGCCAAGGAAAUGUAACGAAGGCAGAAAAGCUUUAAGUCACUCUUCUUCUCGGACUGAACAUCAGAAACAUCAGAAAAGCCGUGGGGGGGAGAAGUCUCAGAAGUGUAGUAACUGUGGAGUAGCCUUUACUCAAAGCUCAUCCCUCAGUAAGAAAAACUCCUCUACGUGUGAAAAAUGUUUGAAAGAUUUAGGUCAAGAUACAUCCAUAGAUAAAGACGAGGGAACUGAGACUGGAGAAGGAACCCAUAAAUGCAGCAAAUGUGGAAAAGCCUUUGGCUAUAGCGCCUCACUCACCAAGCAUAGGAGAAUUCACACUGGGGAGAAACCCUACAUGUGCAAUGAGUGUGGAAAAGCCUUCAGUGACAGCUCAUCUCUCACACCACACCACCGAACUCACAGUGGAGAGAAGCCCUUCAAGUGUGAUGACUGUGGGAAAUCUUUUACCCUAAGCGCCCACCUCAUUAAACAUCAGAGAGUUCACACUGGUGAAAAACCCUAUAAAUGUAAAGACUGUGGGAGGCCCUUCAGUGACAGUUCAUCUCUUAUUCAGCAUCAGCGAAUUCACACUGGAGAAAAACCCUACACAUGUAACAACUGUGGAAAAUCCUUUAGUCACAGCUCAUCCCUUUCCAAACAUCAGAGAAUUCAUACUGGAGAGAAACCCUAUAAAUGUGGUGAGUGUGGGAAAGCCUUCAGACAGAAUUCUUGCCUUACCCGACAUCAGAGGAUUCACACUGGAGAAAAACCAUAUUUGUGUAAUGAUUGUGGGAUGACUUUUAGCCAUUUUACAUCUGUAAUUUAUCAUCAGAGGCUUCAUUCGGGAGAAAAACCCUACAAGUGUACCCAGUGUGAGAAAGCCUUCCCUACCCAUUCACUCCUCAGCCGUCAUCAGAGAAUUCACACGGGUGUCAAGCCUUAUAAAUGUAAGGACUGUGGAAAAUCCUUCAGUCAGAGUUCGUCUCUCAAUGAACAUCAUCGGAUUCAUACUGGAGAGAAACCCUAUGAAUGUAACUACUGUGGGGCAACCUUUAGCCGGAGCUCAAUCCUUGUAGAACACCUGAAAAUUCAUACUGGAAGGAGGGAGUAUGAAUGCAAUGAGUGCGAGAAAACAUUCAAAAGUAAUUCUGGCCUCAUCAGGCAUCGGGGAUUUCACUCUGCAGAAUAA